CCAAUCACCGCUCUACCCAGACACUUCUCUCUGUGCGAACACUGUUCUCUGUGAACGCACUGAACCACAGCACGACUGGCAGGUGCCUGUCGGGGAACGAUGCGGUGUCAACGAAGGGCUUGUUUAAAAGGGAAGGUGAGAGGUGUUUCCAUAAAUCCUCUUACAGGACUGCAGGCAUUAUGCUGAGCCUCGUUGGAGACUUUACAUGCCGUGCGCCCGAAAACCAGAGUCAGCAUCUAACCAAUCCCUGCAGCUGCUGCCGCCGCUCGGCUAUGAGCCAAAUAUUCCCUUGCAACGAAGCCCUCCCUCAGCAUACUUGUGUUGACGAAGCCCCAUCGUCUGUGAUUAUGUAGCCAUAGCAACAGGUUCUGAAAGCCCCUUCGAUUCUGGCCUCCAAAGAUGAAACACACACUGUUUAUGUGUCGGCCUGUAUCUUCUCCAUGCUCUAUGCUUUCCUACCAAACCAUGGGGGUAGAACCGUCACCGAAAGAUAACGCGAACUCUGCCGUUGUUCCCGUUUGGAGUAGAGCGCGAGAGGGCCACUAACAUGCAUCGGCCUCAACGGAGGCGACUGCAGUGGAGUCGCGUCCUGUUCUUCAUCUCAGCUGUGCUGCUAUGCUGCCUCUACGCACUGACUCUCAGGGCCAAGCUGUCAGAGCCGCGGUCCUCCUCCUCCUCUUCCUCCUCCGAAGAGGAGGAGCAGGAGGAAGAGGUCCCCGGUCAGAGGCGGCACACACGGGAGGUAACGUCGCCCAACGUCACAGAGACGGCUACCGUCCCACCCGGGCACCUCGGGACUCCGCCUCCGCUGGUGAUCACGGUCAACCGGACGGACAUCGAACAGUGCAUCUACGUGGAGCCGGCGACGCCCGUGCCCCGGCCCACCGAACGGCCGCCGCCCGACGUCACCGUGGCGACGAGUCCCACGCCGCCGCCGCCAGCGCCGCCGACCUCUGACCUGCCGCCGCUCAGGAAGGGCGACUACCCCGAGGACAUGUUCUCUGUGGAGCAGAGGCAGCAGGGCUGGGUGGCCCUGCACCUCGUGGGCAUGGUGUACAUGUUUGUGGCGCUCGCCAUCGUGUGCGACGAGUUCUUCGUGCCCACGCUGGAGGUCAUCACCGACAAGCUGGAGAUCUCCGACGACGUGGCCGGCGCCACCUUCAUGGCGGCCGGAGGCUCCGCCCCCGAGCUGUUCACCUCGCUGAUCGGCGUGUUCAUCUCCCACAGCAACGUGGGCAUCGGCACCAUCGUGGGCUCGGCCGUGUUCAACAUCCUGUUUGUGAUCGGCAUGUGCGCCAUCUUCUCGCGGGAGAUGCUGCACCUGACGUGGUGGCCGCUGUUCCGCGACGUGUCCUUCUACAUCCUGGACCUGGUGAUGCUCAUCGCCUUCUUCCUGGACAACGUGAUCAUGUGGUGGGAGAGCGCCAUGCUGGUGAUGGGCUACGUCUCCUACGUCAUCUUCAUGAAGUUCAACAGCCCCAUCGAGCGGGCCGUGAAGAGGCAGAUCAACAAGCACGUCAACACGGUGAAGGUGUGGACGGCCGAGGAGCCCACCAAGGACAGUGAACAAUCCCCCCCUCCCCCUCCUCCACCUCCACCUCCACCUGGACCUAAAGAGGUCACACCGAAGGCAGAACCCAGCCCGGUCCGAAGCCGCUCCCCCGCGGAACCCCAGGAGGGCAAGAUCCGCUUGAGGGUUCGACCCGUGCUCCAGCGAGGGGGCAGCUCAGCCUCUCUCCACAACGCCUCCCUCAGGUGCACCAUCUUCCAGCUCAUGAUCCACACCCUGGACCCGCUAGGAGAAGAGACGGCCCUAAGUGCGGGUUUCAAAACCUCGGGGCCCUGCAACGCUAGACAGGAGACCUCAUUUAACGGUGAUGUCAGAGCUCAGGGCUCAGGGCAGAGAAAAGCCAGGAAUAAAGUAAAGCCCCUGAACCCAGCAGUCCAGGGGGCGUUGGAGAGGGAAUCAGUGUGCUGUCAGUGCGUGGAUGACGAUGAUGAACUGGAGCCGGCCCAGACCAGUGCUCCCAGUGGUCAAGCUGGUGAGCCCUCCACCUCCCAGCAAGCUAAGUCGGAGAAGAGGACUGCAGGGGGCGCCGGUGAGCAGGCGAACACAGCCAAGGAAACGGUCCCCGAGGCCGGGGAAUCCGACGGCUCCGGGGACAGUGACGGAGAGAAGUCCAGCGAGGUCGAGGACAGCAGCGAGGCCAGCGUGGGCGACGCCAACGAGGAAGAGGAGAAGGCGGAGGAGGAGAUGGAGGAGCCGUUGUCUCUGGAGUGGCCCGACACCAGACGCAAGCAGGCCACCUACCUGAUCCUGCUGCCCAUCGUCUUCCCCCUGUGGCUCACCGUGCCCGACGUCCGCAAUCCCGCAUCCAGGAAGUUCUUUGCGAUGACGUUCAUGGGCUCCAUCUUGUGGAUCGGCGUGUUCUCCUACCUGAUGGUGUGGUGGGCGCACCAGGUGGGGGAGACGGUGGGCAUCUCGGAGGAGAUCAUGGGGCUGACCAUACUGGCGGCGGGGACGUCCAUCCCCGACCUCAUCACCAGCGUGAUCGUGGCCCGGAAAGGUCUUGGUGACAUGGCCGUGUCGAGCUCCGUGGGCUCCAACAUCUUCGACAUCACCAUAGGCUUGCCCGUCCCCUGGCUUAUGUACUCGCUGUCGCACGGCAACCAGCCCAUCCAGGUGCGCUCCAACGGCCUCUUCUGCGCCAUCGUGCUGCUCUUCCUCAUGCUCCUCUUCGUCAUCAUCUCCAUCGCGGCCUGCCGCUGGAGGAUGAGCCGCGGCCUCGGCCUCACCAUGUUCGUGCUCUACUUCCUGUUCCUGGUGCUCAGCGUGAUGCUCGAGGACCGCAUCCUCACCUGCCCCGUGUCCAUCUGAGAAGCAAACCGACGCACGCGCCCACGUGUACACGUGUCACUUCCUGUCUGGGAGACGAUGCAGUGAAUAUGAACGUACACGGGGCGGCAUGUGGCUCGGGAGGUAGCGGGGGUUGGCUGGUAAACCGGCAGGUUGCUGGUUCGAUCCCCCGGCUCCUCCUAGCUGUCGAGGUGUCCCUGAGCAGGAAGACGCCUCACCCUAGACUUCUCCGGGCGAGCCGGCUGUCGCCCUGCGUGGUCGACGCCGCCGUCGCUGUGUGAACGUGCGCACGAAUGGGUGAAUGUCAGGCAGUAUUGUAAAGCGCCGUGAGCUGGUUAGAAAAGCGCUGUGUAAACGCCGUCCACUUACAUUCGUCGUCAGCAAACAAAGUCGUAUGCCGGGGUGAAGACCAGGUGAGGACGUCAGCGCGCGCUGACCUCAUGGGGUGAGUCAUGAACGCGCGUACAGGUGAGAGGGUAUUAGUCAGCAGAGCCGGCAGAACAUAUUGGCUCCAGGUGACUGUACAUCAGCGGUUGCCCCGGGCAACCAGAUUGGGACCGCCGUCGGCGGGUACAUGCGGUUGAGUUUGAUCUUGUCGCCACCCGCUUCAUCCCGUUGACAUUAGGGGGGGUCUGAGUUGCAAGGGAGACCUCCACAAACAUGUUAAACCACCUCAAAAAGACAACGGUGUCGUGGCUCGUGUGUGAUUUAUUGAAUGUUAUAUCCCUUGGGCUGUACUUGUGUAGGACUAUCAUCCCUGGUUAAAAACGUUUAAGAUAGAGCAACUAUAUUUUCCGUCUUGGUAACCAUUUUUAAAAGUUAGCGUCAGCUUGAUGGUUUAAGAAUAUUGUUUUUAUUAACUGAGUGUAGCACUCUCAAAAUACUGGCUGAAACUUCAGUUUCGAGCCGAGAAUUGUCGUCCAUUUUUAAGCCUGCGGUCCGUGUUCGAUAGUGUUCGUCCAUGUUUAGUGUGUAAAAUGUCCAGCCAAGAACUAUGUUCUUUAUACAUGGUUCUGCAAUGUUAACCGUGUCAUGAUAAUGUGGAGGGAUUCACUGUGUGUGUGUCAGUCAUGGUAUAUCAAUCAGUGUUGAAAAAAAGAAAAAGGAUUUGUUUAACUGGAGUGUUUUGUUGUGAAACGUUAAUUGUGGACACAUUUAUCAGUGUGACGUGGAUGCAAAAAAAAAAAGACAUGUUAUUGAUUUGGUUUUUCUAUUACCGGUAUUAUCUCCCAAUUUCAUGCUGCGAUUAAAUUAUUUUUCCAGGGACAAGUUCUUGUUUUCACCUCGUUGUUAGUGAUGACAAGAGACUAUUACAGUAUAAGUUGAUUUAUUUACAGAGUUAUGAACACGACAUGGUGAAGAAUCUCACCAUGUUUAUAGGAGCUUUUCUUUUUUUCAAUCUUUCACUGUCUAAAGACGAUAAAGACUAAACUAGCUCUAUGCAUUGGGACAGGUCCGACCUUCGGGUGAAACUUCUGUACAAUUGGUUCCACAUAUACACCGAAUGUGUUGCUGGAUGACAAACAACUUUUGCCAUCACAUCACAGUUGGACAACUCGGAGACCCUGUUCAGAUCAGGUCCAUUAGCAUGGCCUGGAUCAUAAGACACCUCUGUGGCAAGGAAUCCUCACCCAACCAGCUUGGUGCAACAAAGGAAGGACAACAUGUCAUAUGUUUUUAAAACGACAUUAACAGUCAAAGCACGUAUUCUUUGACAACAGCCAGACCCAAAUUAAAUACAU